CGCCACUCCUGGAAUUUGAUUUCCGCGGUGACGCCAGCACAUCCGUAGUGGUACCACUUUUCACAACUAUCACACAGCACCAUGUCGUCUACGGUAUUAUGCCGCUCGCAGCCACCACAAUCAAACCCGCGUUUACUCAUCGUAUCUCAAAUAUUCACACGGAAUAGAGCUGAGCAAUUUUAAAAUGUUGCUACGUGUGUAGCAAUCUAUAUUUGAGUUUAAAAAAGAGAGGAUGACAAAAUUCACAAACUAGCUUUUGGUGAUGUUCGCAGCGUAGUUUUAAAAUUGGUGUUGCCUAUCCGUUUUCUAAUUUGUGACUAACCGCGUUUCGCGAUGGCGCCCUGUUCCAGAUCAGCUGUUUGGCAAUGAACUUAAUUGACCCUUUUAGUGACCGCUGUCGAACUUUAUCCUAAUUGGCCCUAAUCUUGGUCAUAUAUCUGUCUCAUAUUUUUAUCCUUAUCUGUUGCUGUACUGUGGCGCCAUCUGCUGUGAUUCUUUCUACCUAUUCGAGCUCAUGGGGCAUGACAGCUCGAUGUUUGUAAAUGUUUGUAAAUAUCCCAAUUCGCCUGUCAAAUUACAUGUGGUCAAUAUCGUGCCAACACCGUCAGAACGCGGAGAGCUACAGACGACUGACUAAACAGCGCGAAGAGUCAGAUUACCAGGUGCUGGAGCAGAUAGCCCAGUCGGGGGACACCCGCUUAUUCUACAGGAGAUUGAAGGUGGCACGGAUCGCGUUUGCUCCGCAAUGUACCGCGAUGUGGAAGGAAAUCUCCAAAUAGAAGAGCGAGAUGUGCUCGAAAGGUGGUAAUGCUACUUCGAAGGACACCUGAAUGGAGCAGAGGCAGCCAGUCUACAAAAAGGAUGACAGGCUGAAUUGUUCGAAUUAUCGAGCUAUCACAGUCCGCAAUGCCGCCUACAAGAUCCUGUCCCAGAUUCUAUUCUGCAGACUUACACCCCUUGCUAGAAAUUUCGUCGGCAGCUAUCAAGCUGAGUUUGUUGGUGGCAAAUCCCCCACCGACCAAAUCUUUAUUCUACUGCAGAUCCUCCAGAAGUACCAAGAGCGCAAGAUCCUUACAUACCACCUGUUCAUCGACUUCAAGGCGGCUUACGACACCAUUCCGACCAACCGGAAUAAGCAAUGGAACAUCAUGCAGCGGUAUCACUUCCCUGGGAAGCUGAUCCGGCUGUUAGAGGCCUUCAUGAAUGGUGCAGUGCAAGGUGUCAUUCGAAGCGCGGGGCUAGACAACGACAUCUGUAACACGAUCCUAUACCGGUCUCUCCAAUUACUUGGACAUCAUCGGCAGGACAACAGCGAAGGUGUGUGAGGCUUACACACGACUCAAACGCGAAGCAGCAAGAAAUGGAUUGAAAAUCAAUGAGACGAAGACAAAGUGCUUACCGGAGACUUACACCAUCUGGGAAACAGUGUAUAAGUAGAUGGCAACAAUCUCGAGGUAGUGAAGGAGUUCUGCAACCUUCGGACGGUCGUUACCUCGGACAACGACAUCAGCAGCGAAAUCCCGAGACGCAUUGUGCAGGGGAAUCGUACAUACUAUGGGCUUCACCGACUGCUGAGAUCCUGAAGACUUCGAGACGCCACGAAAUGUGAGAUAUUUCGCACAUUGAUUCGCCGUGUGGUCUAUGGUGUUGGCCGCAUAUGAAAACGAGUCUUGGACCAUCCGAGCGGAGGGUGCAAACGUUCUUGGCGUGUUUGACCGACGCAUCCUCCGGAUCAUCGAAGGGAGAGAGAGAGAGAGAGAUAUACACUACAUAUGUAUGUACAGAUAUACAUCCAACUACUAGAAAUUUGAAUAUUCGCUACAUCACAAGUUAUUAAAGUUUUAACAUGAAAAAAUAUCACCGUCCACACAAAGUGUAUUAAAUACCAAUGUAAUUAACUGGUCAUACCGGUCGUAGAUAUAAGGGGGAUGAACUUUAUUCUAAAUAAAAAAAAAAAAAUCAAAAUCACUUUUAUCAAAUAUCCUACAACACAAAUUUCCAUUAUUUUGAAUUGGAGUGAAUUAUCUUAAUUUGUUUAGAAAAGUAAAUUUCCUAAAAAUACGUUUAAGAAUGAGGUAGCUACCAUUUCAAAAUUAAUAGUAAUUUCAAUUUGAAAAUGAAAAUCAUACCCGGGUAUCCGGUCAUAGAUUUGAUGGUUAAUAUUACUCGAAAUUGACAAAUUCUAUUGUUUCGUACAUGUGAUUUGCUUGCAGAGCUACCGAUUUGGCUGAAAGAUGCUAGCGGGAAUAGGAGGAAACAAUUUUAAUUCACCGUUUAUAGGUUUGUGUCUAAGGAAGAGUUUCUUUUUCCGCUGUUUUCCUAGAUAAACCAGUUUUGUCACUAGUUAUCAAUAGUAGUGGUAGGUAUUGUUCAGCAAGUAUAAUGUUUUUAACGUUUUUAAUUAAUACAUUAGCAUCAAAUCUACAACACACUUGCACACGACAUAUAUAGUCAUAUGGAACUGUUUCAUGUGUCGACAAUUGAUCGGGGAACUCUCGUCUUCAUGAGUAAAUAUGUAAAUUGUCAAUUUACCACACACUUGUGGAUCACAUAAUUAUACGACACUUCUUUCAGUUUUAUAUUAUUUUUAAUUAUUAUAAUUAUUAUUCUAUCAAUUAUUAUCAAUUAUUCCAAACUUUCCAUUUGCCUGAGCGAAAAUUAAACUUAAAAAAAUGCUCAGUGUUAAUCGAACGAGUUUUUAAUUUCAUAUCAACAGCGAAAAAUUUAUCAGAAACACGACUGAUAUUGCUCGUUAUGCGAGAUUUUACUCAUUUAAAUUGGUAUUUGCUGAGCAUUUACAUUUGCUCGUUAUGUGGGGCACUCAUAAUGAUGGGAUUCCACUGUAUGUUCAAAUGAGCAUUUUAAAAGCAUUGUGGUUAGCAAAGUGGUUAGUUACUUUGAUGAUAGGGCCGUGUGAUUCAAAGCGGUUUCCAUUAGCCAUUUGAUAGCAAAUUUGUCGAUUUCAAAAGAUCAUAUUCGAUCAAUCUUUUCGGGUAUCUGAAUGUUUGUCUUGGCAAGAAUCCAGAGGUAACUGAUACCACUAAUGAGCUAUUGUAAAAUUAGGGAAAUCGAAACAAUUGUAGUAUGUUAUGAAAAUAAAAUAAUUAUAUAUGCCAUAGAAAUAAAUUCAUAAACAACAACAGCCAGGUUUAGAAGAAAAAUAUAAUCGAGUUUGGAAUAAGGCAUAAUCGUUGUUUUGCUUCUAGCUUCAUUGUUUGUAUUAAUUUAAUCUUUAGAAGCAUUACUAAUUACCAAUAAUUACCAAUACUAAUGCGAUGCAGUGAAAAAAAGUUGCUAAAUUGUCUGUUCCUCUUUUUAUGAUAAUUGAUGUGUUUUUUUGUUUUAAAUAGAUGAGGGUUUCAUAUUAGAUUAAAUAAAAACUUACAUGGAUUUGCA